AUGGGGUUGUUAAAUCUUUUGGCAUGGAAACAAGAUUUGCUGGCAUUGGAUGGAUCCUGGAAGAUCCUGUUGCCGUUAAAUGAUCAAGGGCAACCGAUUGAUGAUGACGGUAAAAUAUUUGUUCCGUGGUUGGGAACUUUCUGUCACAAUGGGUUGUUAUGCCCACUUGUCCCUGCUGGGUGGCCCAAAGUCGAUGAAAAAUUUAAAGAUGAUUGUUGGAAGGAGAUUAAGCAACGGUAUCUCAUUGAUGAAGAUAUUGUUAAACCACUUGAUCAAAAGGGAUGGGCAAUGCAUAUACUCGGGGUCCUUAGGAGAAAUCGAAGGACUAAGUUGAAGAAGAUUCAUGUACGAGGGUGGACAAAGGAACAAGUAUUGGCCAGGAGGACACCGCGGAGGGUAAUGGCGGAGCAGUGGGAGGAGAUGGUUAACUAUUGGUUCGAUGAGAAAACUGUGACAUUAAGUAACAAAAACAAGGUCAGUCGAGGGAAACAGAAGGAGAUAGCAAUAUCUGGGGCUGAAAGUUUUGCACAAAUUUCUCAUGACAUGGCAAAAGAUAAAGGGGCUCCGGUUGAACGCGCUAAUGUGUAUCUAAAAGUAUACCGUAGGAGAGAUGGGACUGGUGUUACUCCUCAUGCGCAGGGGAACAUAACUAGGAUGGAAGAACUUCUGAGCCGAGAGGGCGUGCGACUACAAGGAGAGACUGGUAGUGGAAUUCUCUAGUCCACAAACGAUGCAUAUGCUCAGGUGUUUGGUCCAGAGUGCCCUGGACGUGUACGUGGGGUGGGACUUGGAGUCACCCCAUCCGGAAGAAGUGCAACAAAUGCUUCACAGUUUACUUCAACUCCAUCGUUGCCAACCAGAACAACCUAAAGAAUUUUGGAGUUGGAGAGCAACUCCACUAGACUGACUGAGCAACUAGCCCAAGUACAAGAACAAUUUGCCCAAUCAGAAGCAAGGCAGCAAGAAUCAGAAGCAAGGCAACGACAAAUGGCUGAAGUGAUUAUGCGCAUGGAUGCAAUGUUCGCCCAACAUACUGGCAGUAGUGUACCUAAUUCGUCAAUGUCUCAGGGUGGCAGUGCUUGAUGGGGACUCUCCAUGAGAAUGAAACUGUGAAUCCUCUGGUAAUUGGUUGUACCAUGACGUUUGCUGGAAAAUCGUUGAGGGAUGUUUUUAUUUUGUGAUGUAAAAACCAAAGUUUGUUGGGAACUUUUAUUUUAUAUGUAAUUAUUUGGAUAUGUAAUUAAUCUUUUGGCAAUGAACUUAAUUGUUAUGUUUAUG